GGGGCGGUUCUACAUAUGGGCCCCUGUGGAACAACUCCUGGCUCCUAUACCGAAAACAUACACUGCAAAUAUUGAAAUCUGAGUAGAAAUUCAUGCACCAAACCCUCUGGGCUUACAAUGUUAUUCUCUUACCUGGCUCUUCACUCUCAACAGUGAUCAUCCUCCGGAUUUCUUCCCAGACCUGGACAACAUACACUGAACUAUCUUAUGAAGAAGAAUCUUAAGAACCAGGGAUGAGCAUGAUGAUAAGAGAUGAAUCCACAACAGAGCAGAAAACACAGAGAUGAAUAUAAAGGGGUCAACUGAAAUCAGGAUCAAAAAGACAUCCCUGAUAAUGAGAUCAAGAGCUUACAGACGUAUUUGCAGUCCAAAGUUCCGACCUUUCUACCUCACCUUGGUUUUGAGUAUCAUUAUUCUGCUGCUGUACAGUAACUGGGUCACAUAUUUAACAACAUAUGAAGUAGUCAAGACCCCCAACAGUAUUGCUAAACACAGCUGCUCCUUCCAUUCACUACCACCAAAGGAGGCUCAUUUGGCAGACUUACUAAAACAAUUAAUUAUCUGGCCCAAAGGACCGGAUUUAGCAUCUUUCUUCUUCCUGUAUGACACCAGUGAUCCAGCUCGGAGCAGCUUCACCAUUCUGCCACCUAAUGGAGGGAGAAGUUGGCAUGUAGGAGAUCAGCUGGAGGUUUUGAUUAAGAUGUAUGACUUCUAUGGUCGCCCUAAGGAGUUUGGUGGAGACUUCCUGCUAGUUCGACUGCACAACCCUAUUCUUGAUGCAGGUGUGGCAGGAAAGGUGUUGGAUCAUCGCAAUGGCACCUAUUCUGCUAUAUUUUCUUUGCUCUGGGAAGGACGUGCAGAGGUUGAGGUGAUCUUGGUCCACCCUAGUGAGGGAAUUGUGGUGCUGGAAAAACUGACCCAGGAGCAGCCGGACAGAAUCUAUUUCCGUAGCCUCUUCCGUCAGGGUUCGGUGAAUAAAUCCGCGAUCUGUAACAUAUGCCUUAAUAAACCUCACAGGCUGUGCAACUACUCUGAUCCCAUCACGGGUGAACCCUGGUUCUGCUACAAGCCAAAGAAUAUAAGUUGCAAUGCUAGGAUCACCCACUCCAAAGGAGGAUUCAUACAAAACCUACAGCCAAUGGAGGAGGAGCUCUUUCAAAUUGGUGUCAACUUGAAGGUGCCCAUUCCAGCCUCAGGACCUGCACAUAUCCAAGUUCUGAAGAAAAAGGAUGACUUUUAUGAAUCAGCUUUCAACUACUUUUUGGACUAUCCUGGUGAAGUGAGAAAUGCUGUCUCAAAUGGGCCUGCGGGUUAUUACUACCUCGGUGUUUGGCGAGCACUGGAUGGCACCACUGUUCACCAGUUUAACACAGCCACAGAAAUCAGUCAGUGCCUGAAAAACAAAAGGAUCCACCUGUAUGGAGACUCCACCAUCAGGCAGUGGUUUGAAUAUUUAAAUGGAACUCUACCAGAUCUCAAGGAGUUUCCCAUGGAGAGCUUAAAUCAAACAGGACCUUUCCUAGCCUUGGAUUAUACAAACAACAUUUUAUUGACUUUCCGCAGCCACGGACCUCCCAUCCGUUUUCGCUAUGUGCCUGUCAGCCAGCUUCGCUAUAUUGCCAAUGAACUUGACCGUGUUGUUGGGGGAGAAAACACUGUUGUAAUUAUUGGCAUCUGGUCUCACUUCAGCACAUUCCCCGUAGAGGUCUACAUUCGACGUCUGCUGAACGUUCGGAAAGCAGUGGUCCGGCUGUUAAACAGGGCUCCAGGUACUCUGGUCAUCAUCAGGACUGCAAACCCCAAAACACUGACGCUAUACGAGAGUCUGACCAAUAGUGACUGGUAUUCCUUACAGCGUGAUAAGAUCCUGAGGGCAAUAUUUCAGAGAGUAAAAGUAAAGCUGGUGGAUGCCUGGGAGAUGACUGUAGCUCACCACCUGCCACACAACCUCCAUCCACAACCUCCCAUUAUCAAGAAUAUGAUCAAUGUUAUUUUAUCCUACAUUUGUCCCAAAGGAGCAAGUUGAUAAAGAGCAAAGAGUAGAGGGGACUUUGAUGAAUGUGAUCGAUGUUUUCUAUGGAUGUUUCUUUUGUUUUUCUAUUGUGUUUUCUGCUGUGUUUUGUGGUGGACAGAAAGAAAUCAACCUUUAAGUUACUGUAACCCACUCAGAAAAACUGGGUUAGAAUUCAGCCCAGAUAAGGAAAGUAUUUGCUCUGAUUUGGGUUAUGACUUGUUGGUUUUUUCUAUUUGUAAUUAAGGCCGUGUUUUUAACCUCCCGUGACCCAAGCUUUUGAUUGGUGUAUCUUUUUUCUUUUUCUGAUGUACAUGGGAUUUGUAGGACCUAGGAAUUGUAAAAGCUCUGCCUCAGUAAAUUAACAAUUUCUACUUUCUAGUUUUUUAACAAAAGAAACACACGACAAAAAAAAUAUAUAUAUAUUCUUAUAUCUUAUGUGAUAUCUUAUAUCCACCCCUUUUAUUCAUUGCACAAGAAAUUGCGUCAUUUCAGUUACAGUAUUUACAUCACUCAAUUCUCAGUUAUCCACAUUAACUGUGAUUUCUUUUAUAGUAUUUAAAUCAUUUCAUAAGUAUUUAAAUAUUCAAAAUGUAAUACCAUCAUUAUUAUUAACUGUCAUACAUCCUAACAUUCAG